GAUACAUUAUUUCACAUUAUUGUAGCUUACAACCACGUCCGCAAAUACUUGGUAAUACGGCAUCUCGUGCUGUGGCACUGCAUGCUAAGUAAAAGCGCCGCCCAGCGGCAGGUGUGGGCUUUCUCAGUCAGACAGUCCUCAUUCCAGCAUACGAGACAGCAACCAUCAUCAUCUUGCGACCAUUUCUCUCCCUCAUCGGGCAUAGCCCUAUGGUACUUGGAUCUGCACGAUGCUUCGGGACCCCGAACGGACCGUGGUCUCGUUUGCAGCAUGUAGAGGAACUCGAGACUCGAGAGAUUCUUAAUAUUAUUUUGCUUGCUAAACUGUAAAAUCGGUCAUACUAUGUUCAUUCCGGAUACAAUAAAGUCUGAAAAUGGUCGACUGCAAAGGCGUUUAUAAGCCAAGUUCUCCUGAGCCGAGCGACCUUGCCUGGGUUGAUGGCUUAACUACGGUUCCAUUGAUCCAGGGCACUGUCGGAGAAAGAUUCAUAGAAACUGUGAAAAGAUACCCAGAUCGAACGGCGAUCCAGACUGCUUCCGACCAAGUCACAUAUAAGCAGCUAGAUGAGCUGAGCGACGCUCUGGCAGCGACGCUCGUCGAUCUCGGAGUCAACAAAUCAGAUAGGGUUGCUGUCAGCUUAGGUCAUUGCAUCGAGUAUGCAGUGAUCGUGUAUGCAUGCGUCAAAGUAGGAGCAGUACUUGUUCCGUUGAAUCCAGCACACAAACCUAGACAAACGAUCAACUCCCUGAAGCACAUCUCGGCACGUUGUUACAUCGUCAGCGCGGAGAUAACUCUUCCAUUUAGACAACCUCAGUCCACUGUUGAAUUACUAAAUGAGAUUUGCGCAGCUAGAGGUGACAACACCGCGUUGUUUUCCCCAGUGCCUUCAUUAGAACAUAUUCUGCUCAUCGAUAACUCAUCGGGACGAGUUGACGUCGUGAGGUAUCCCGGACUUCACAACUAUCAUACAGUGUCUGCUGCCCACGUGGGUCAGAAGUUCCACCAGCACAAUGACGCUCACGAAGGCGACGUCGUCAACAUCCAAUUCACGUCCGGUACAACAUCAUCUCCGAAAGCGGCAUGCUUGACACAUCGGAAUGUACUAAACAACGGCUUCUUCGUGGGUUACGGAAUGGAAUUGACCGAAAAGGACAUCAUAUGCUGUCCUCCGCCCAUGUAUCACUGCUUCGGUCAAGUUCUUGGUUUGAUGACGGCCAUGACCCACGGUGUCACAUUGAUCUUGCCCGCUGAGAGCUUCAACCCAAAUGUAGCAGUAAAUUCCGUCUUAGUCAAUAAAGUGACGGUCCUCUACGGAGUCCCAACCAUGUUCCUGGCAUAUCUGGACGUUAUUGCUGAACAGUCCAUAGCGCCGACGACUCUCGCAAGUUUACGGACAGGCGUCAUCGGAGGCAGUCCAAUCCCACCUUCACUAAGAAAACAGCUCCACGAGAAGAUGAACCUCUCAGCAUUAACUAGCGUCUACGGCAUGACCGAGGCAUCGCCUAUCGUCACCCAGACGAGAUCUACAGAUUCCCUGGAAAAGAAGCUACACACCGUCGGCCGCGUGAUGCCGCAUAUGUCGCUGCGAAUCGCCGACAGAGCCAACCCACAUCGAGUCCUGCGUCGGGGACAAAAGGGCGAAGUCCAGAUGUCUGGGUACUCUGUGAUGCCUGGAUACUGGAACGCGGAGGAGGAAAAUGCGGAAACACUCCUCCUCGAGGACGAUGAUGGGCUGAAUGGCUCCUCAAACAGCACUAAUGGGACAUCAUCUACUCGAAGAAUUUGGUUACGGUCCGGCGACGAAGGACUUAUCGAUGAAGAUGGCUACAUUAGGAUUACCGGUCGCAUCAAGGAUAUCAUCAUUCGAGGCGGGGAAAACAUCCAUCCGGCAGAAAUCGAGAACUGUCUCAUGGGCUACGAUCUGGUGGCUGAUGCCAGUGUGGUUGGCUUAUUUGAUGAGCGAUAUGGAGAAGUUAUUGGGAGUUUCGUGAUUCCAAAAGCGGCUGUGAGGCCGGUGAUAACCGACACUGAUCAAGAUUCCUGCGCUGAUUUGAGGACUGAUCAGAGCGAUAAUACGAAUUGUUCCUUGACGCUGACACCCAGUGAUAUCAGAUCAUGGGUACUGAGCCGCCUGGGCAAGAUGUUCGUGCCCAAAUAUGUAUUUUGGGUAUCUAACAUGCCACUGACAGCGAGCGGCAAAGUCAUGAAGUUCCGCCUGCGAGAGAUUGGAAACGAAUGGUUAGAUAAGAGAGCUUAAAACUUUUCCGAGCGCUUGUCGGGGCGAAUAGCAUGUGGCAAUAUGCUUCUUAGCUGUUGUCGACUAGAAGAGGUGUAUCAGCUCUACAUACAGUCUAGUCGAACUUGGCUACAAUGCAGCAUGCAGGAAUGCGGCUCCAAUCGCGGACUUCGGGAGAUUAUUCUUGCAGUCGGAAAAAGUGAUACCCCGGACACCGCAGUGCAGUGUCAUAAAGAUAGAAUGGCGACGAAGUGAAAUUAUCGAUAUAGGGCUUAACUGGAUAUAGGGCGUUCUCAUAUCCCUUAUCCGUUAUGUAGGCUUCCAUUCGUAGGGCCCAGAACUCCCAGUUAGUGG